GCCAGUUGCGAUCCUGGCGGCGUCUCAAUAGCCGUGGCCUAGGUGGCAGACGCCUAUUCUGCUGUAUGUAGCUCUCUAGUGUGGCAGUCCACGGAAGUUUCGCCUGGUUUCGCAGCCAGAAGUCGCGACGUCAUGACGACAGCGACACUCGCGUUCGGUGGUGCUACUUGCAGCUUCUCCUCAGCAUUUCUACGACCAACUGCCAGGGUCAUGACAUGCACCAGCAUGACACUUCGGCUUCUGUGACGUCAUUUGUUGCCAAUUCGGGACCAAACACACGUAACACCAAUCGAAGACGUACCAGGACGUGCUCCAGGCACCGUAGUCGCCGUAGUUGCCAUAGUGCUGCGGUUACUGUGGUGGUAUCACUGGUGCAUGACUUGUAUGGGUUGUGCGGUUUGAGAAUGAAUAAGAUACUUACCAGUUGAAGGGUUUCUGCCGCUUCUACGAUGUCUGAUGUGCUGAUCAGUGAUGCGGAGAAGACAUUUAUAAUCCAUGGAAUACAGGAGAACCUUCGCUGUGAUGGCCGUAGUUGUUUGGAAUACCGUGACAUCGAACUUGAAACUGGCGUUGUAUCGAAUUGCAGCGGUUCGGCGCAUGUCCGGCUGGCAAACACAGAUAUUUUAGUGGGGGUCAAGGCACAACUAGAAACUCCGGAUCCUGGUUCUACUGAUCAAGGACGCAUAGAGUUCUUUGUCGACUGCACUGCAAAUGCUGACCCGGAAUUCGAAGGCCGAGGUGGUGAGGACAUCGCCGCGGAGAUCAGUUCGGCCUUAGCACAGGCCUACAGAUCUCCCAAGUGCCUGGAUCUAAGGUCACUGGCAGUCGUACCUGGUCAACAGGUGUGGGUUCUCUAUGUGGACAUUCUGAUUCUAGAAUGCGGCGGCAGCUUGGUGGAUGCCGUUUCCGUGGCUGUUAAGGCAGCCUUAUAUGACCUCAAGAUCCCCAAGGUUUCAGUGACGGUGGAUGAAAAUGGUGAUCCAGAAGUGGAAGUUUCAGGCGAUCCAUUCGAUGUUGAAAAGCUCAGCAUUGAAAAUGUGCCCUGCUUUAUCACACUCUCAAAGGUAGGACAACAGUUUAUACUGGAUGCUACUCAAGAAGAACAGGCCUGUGCUGUUGGUUCACUGGCCCUAGCAGUCACUGCAAGUGGAAAAAUUGCUGCACUCUUCAAAGCAGGCACUGGAAGUUUGCACCCUGAAAAUGUCAUGGAUGUUAUUGAGGUUGGACGAGACAUUGGCGCCUCUCUGAAUGCUGCCGUAGUUGCAGAGUUGGAAGCGGAAGUUUCUACCAAGAAGAAAGGGCAGAAAGGCUUCUUCCUUUGAAGACUGCAUCCAAUCACAGAGCAUGAAUAUGAUGAUCUAUAAAAUGUGGUUUCAUUUACAUUUUAA